CAUGGGAGUUUCCUGACGAUCACAAGAAUGCGUUAGGUGGCGAUCAAAGCUCUCUAAGUAAAGAAGUUUACGCCUAUUUCUACUCAUUUUUUUUUUUCAGAACAUUUUUACAUGAACGUUCAAGACCCAGUGAUAUAAACCAGUACGCAGGAAUAUACCUACGAAGUUUGUCUCUGAUGGGUUUAAGCGCUUUACUGUCCGUUCAAAAAUCACUUCAGAUUCGUGACAGGACUUCUGUUUUUCCCCACAUCAGAUUUGAUUCAAACGCUUUCUAUUCGUCGGUAUGAAGAUGAUAAUUGUUUUACUAGUAUUAUUACGCAUACACGGGUCGUCGGGUGCCGAGACAGAUGAGAUACAGUCCGUAUCGGUGUUGGAGGGAGAGUCUGUCACUUUAGUUUGUGGUGAAACCCAAAAAGAAGAUCUAAAAGUGUGGACCUUUGGACCCGACAACACUGUUAUAGCUAUGGGCUCUGAUAUUAAGAUAUUCAGAGACAGGUUUCUGGUCAACCGAUCGAUUGGAUCUCUUACCAUCAAAAACAUCACAGCUAAUUUUUCUGGAAUAUAUAAAUUAACUGUCGUCAGGAAGAGCUCCUACACGACAUUUAAUGUUACUGUCUAUGCUCGUCUGUCUGUUCCUGUCAUCAGCAGAGACUCCUCACAGUGUUCUUCAUCAUCUUCAUCAUCUUGUUCGUUGUUGUGUUCGGUGGUGAACGUGCAUCACGUGACUCUCUCCUGGUACAAAGGAAACAGUUUAUUGUCCAGCAUCAGUGUGUCUGAUCUCAACAUCAGUCUCUCUCUACCUCUGGAGGUGGAAUAUCAGGAUAAAAACACCUACAGCUGUGUGAUCAACAACCCCAUCAGAAACCAGACCACACAUCUGGACUUCAGUCAGCUCUGUAAACCAUGCUCAGCGCAUGGACUGUCUGUAGGUGUCAUAGUAGCGAUAUGCGUUGGUGUUCUCCUGCUGGCAGUCGGCUUGGCUUUUGCGGUUUACAGAAAAUACUUCAAAAAAGCUGUGAAAAAUGGACAGUCUACUGUGCUACAAGAAGUUCAGCAACCUGAUCCACUAACGAAUGAUGAAAGAAUUAAUGAUCAGGAAAGAGAUUUACCAGAUGGUCCGGAAGAACAUAAUCCACUUAUUGAAGGUCCAGUUCUUGGGAACGAAGUUGAUCAUCCAAACGCUGGUCAGGAGGAAUAUGCACCUCAGGGUAUGCUUUAUGCUGAGCUAGAUCAGGCGAAGGAAAUAAAAGUGCAACAAGGAGAAAACUUCACCCUAACUACCGGUGUUACUGAGAUACAGAGAGAUGAUCAGAUUUGGUGGAAAUAUGCUGAUUCCACUGACUCCACAACAUCAUUCAGUGUCAUUGCUGUAUGCGAUACGAGGACAGACAGGUUCACAGUAAAGGAAGGGCCUGAAGGGAAAUUCAAAGACAGGCUACAUCUGGACCCUCAGACUGGAAAUCUCACAAUCAAGAACAUGAAAGUCAAAGACACUGGGCAUUACAAGCUAGAUAUCAGGAGCAAACAGCGGCGUACAAAAACAAUCAAAGUCCAUGUCCAUGAUCCCACAAAAAAGGAAUGCCAAAUGACAAAUCCAAAUGACACAAGAUUGUCUUUGAUAACAGAAGAGGACCCCAACAACAUUACUACAUAUACUGUGGAGCUGACAGAUACAGAUGAGGAAUAGUACUCAUUAACACUUGUGCUGUUGAUACAAUGAAACAUUGAAAUUAGUUUUUUUUGUGAAAAGUUUCUUGGCCAGUAAAGCUUUAUGCAAUUAUUUACAAUGUAAAUGAACACCAAAACAGGAUAAGCAGCAAACUUUGCAAAACAUUUUUUUAUCCAAGACUGUACACAUGCAUACUCACAAACCAUACUUUUUCAAAUGGUUGAGAAGAUACUCAUGAAGUGCAUGUAUUGUGACAGCACACAAAAACAUGCACACAAUAUGUCUUGAGGUGCAAAAGGUUUUAUUUGGUUUACUCCAUGUUGACUGAUUUUCAUAUUUAGAGAUUUUGUAAAACAGCUUUAAAUAUACUAAUUUAAAAUGACAGUGCCAAAGCAUUCAUGUACCUCAUAUUGUACACAAACCAUAUAAAGGUUUGUGUGCAUCUUAUGAAAUAAUUUGGGAGUGAUAGUUUUUAACAUUCAGUCAAGCAUUUGCUGACAAUAUUUAAUAUUUAAGACACUCUUUGUAAAAUCACGGUGAAAACAUCUAGUAUUCCGAAAUGUUAAACAUAUUUCAGUGACUAAUAAAACUCGACUUAUGAAA